CUUAUCAAUAAUUUAAACGUUUUUGAAAAAUUCAAAAAUUUCGACUACACGAUAAUGCGCAUGGUCCAUGAACAACCUUAGUAUACAAGUAUGAAUAUUAAUUUUUAAUUGUCCCAGCCUUGAUACUAGAUUGAAUUUCAAUUUCGUCAACAUCAAGUUGAAGAUACGAACGAGAAAAGCAGACAGAACAUAGACAGUACAACACAGUCAUGUGAAAAAACGUACCGAAAACAGUUUAAUCGAAAUAACACGAGUCGUGGAAGGAAAGAAGAAGGAAAAGCGGUGAAGAGAAUCCAUCGCAUCCCAAACGUUGAUUAAAAGUCGAUAAAUCAUUUAAAUUGAAUCGUCGGUAAAGCAAAUCGUAUGCUUGCUAUUUUUAAACUCUAUAGAAUCAACAUUGUAUGGGAAGAAGUGAUCAGUAGCAGUUUGGAACUUUUUUUUUUCUGCAAAGUCAAUAAAAUUUAAUUUUAUUUGAAAACUUUUAAAGCACACAAAAUUUCUUAUGUUUAAUUUAAAAAAUUGUUUAAACUAAUUUAAAAAAAAAUUAAGCAAAUAAGUGCGACUGCCCAUAAGAAAGUACUUGCGAAUAAAGUUGCGCAAUAAAGAAUACAAAAAUAAGUCGAAUUUAUAAAUAAACAUGGAACAUUGCCUUAAAUCGAGUGCGAAAUCGACCAAAUUAAGAGAAAUUGGGAAUAAGUUUUAUGCUGACAAGAACUUUUUUGAUGCAAUUUUAAAAUACAAUGAGAGUUUGUGCUAUGCUGAAAAUGGAAGUGAUAAUAUGGGACUUGCUUAUGCAAAUCGAUCUGCUGUGUAUUUUGAGAUGAAACUUUAUGAGAAGUCAUUGAGGAAUAUUGAGCUUGCUAGAGCUAACAACUAUCCUGAAAAAAAUUACGAGAUCCUUAAAAAGCGUGAAUCAAAAUGUCAGGAACUGAUGAAAAAUUCCCUAAAGACUGCAACUGACUUGAGUUUCUUCAAACUAUCAUACGAACCUAAUAAGGAUUAUCCAUCAAUUGCAAACUGCCUUAAAUUAAAGUCUGAUAAAAAGUAUGGUCGACACAUUAUCACAAAUAAAGCACUUGCUGUUGGUGAUGUGAUUGCUAUUGAAGAACCAGUUUGUACAGUUCUUCAGGAAGAGUUCCUUUACCAGAGAUGCUCGCACUGCCUUAAGUCUAAUCUUUUGGAUUUGAUGCCAUGUUCAUUAUGUUGUCAAGUAAUGUUUUGUUCCAACAUCUGCUUGCAAAAUGCAUACAACAGCUAUCAUCGCUUCGAAUGUCCCGUGUCAGCUAUAAUCACAACAUCAUUUUUGAAUGCAAACAUGAGAAUGGCAUUAAGAACGUUCUUCUGUGCAUUAGCAAUAUUCGAUGACUCGCUUGAAAAAUUGAUGACUUUUUUGACUGAAAAUAAUUUAAAUUCGAUACUCGAUUGCAAAGCGGAACUGAAUUUUAAGCAAAAAAUUCUUGCUAUUAAUUCUCUGAUUUUUGAUGAGUCAAUAGAUGUGAAUGUGAUACUUUUUGAUGAACUUUUUCAAUUGAAUGAUAAGUUGAAGGAAAUGUGGAUCAGCCACAGAGACGAAAUUAUUACAUUUUUGAAAAAACACACACAAAUUGGAUCUCUGAAUUAUCAUGAAAUUUAUGGAUGGCCAUUAAAGAAAGGAGGCUUGUAUGACCCAGAAAUGGAGAAUUUUAAAGGAACUCUAGCUUAUCGUCGUGGUGUCAGUUCUUUUGCGAAUGGAAGUUAUCUCUUCUGUUCCUUAGUAAAUCAUUCGUGCGCACCAAAUGUGGCUAAAGUCUUUAUUGAUGACAAAAUUAUCAUGAUUGUACAAAGACCUAUCAAAGCUGGGUCUCAAAUAUUUGACAACUAUGGAUAUAGCUUCACAAACAUCCCAAGAGAAAUACGUCAAAUGGAAUUACAGAAACAUUAUCGAUUUACAUGCAAUUGUGAAGCAUGUUCUGAGAAUUUCGGUUUGCUUCCUUCAUUGAAAGUUGUGGAUAAAAUCGCUUUUAGACAUGCUAAGAAGUCUUGUCAGGAACUGGCAAACAUGACUCAAAAGCAAGCUAAACAAAGAAUUAAAGAAAUUUCAGGAAUAAUUCAGAAGAAUUUUGAUAAUUUUCCGUCUGUAGAAAUUUGUAGUCUAGCUGAAAGCUUUCAGGCAUGCAUGGAGAUUAUGUUGAAGCCAGAAAUUCUGAUUCCAUGAGUUAAGUAUGAUAGAAUUGUUGAUUUAAAUAAUUUAAAUGAAGAAAAUUUAAUAAAAAUGUUGAAAAUAAAGCUUUUAAGUGAUUUUAAAGCUGUUU